CACAGAAGAAACCAAUUGGUUUUACUUAUAUUUUAUGUUUUUUGUUUUGCAGCUGGAGGAAUUCAACGGUCUUCUCGCUCACAAAUGCUCACCGUUCCUGAGGCUCUUCGUGUGCUCCGUGUACGUACCUCUAUGCUCCGAGGAUGUGCCCGGAGCCGUCCCGGCGUGUCGCGGUCUCUGCGAAGACGUGAGGAAGGAUUGCAUGCCCGCCUUGGAGGCCGCCGGACUCGUGUGGCCGUCGCAGCUCAACUGCUCCAGGUUUCCGGAACCGCCGGAUCUCUGCAUGCAGAAGCGAUCCGAGGAUGAAUUGUCUUCGAUGGUCGCUUUCGAGCCGUCCCUGCUACAUCAGCAGCGAAUCAAGGUGAAGCCCUGUCCACAGGACACCGUCCUCAUAGGCGACAGAUGCACGAAGAUCUGCGUCGAUGGACACGAAGAAGAUUUCGUUUUCGAGGUGUGGAUCGCAGUUUGGUCAAUCCUUUCAAUUAUGAUCGUGACAUUCGCCCUUCUCACCUUCGCAAUUCAACCGAAGAGAUUUCGUUGGCCCGCUCGACCCAUCCUCUACCUGACGAUCUGCGGCUUCGUUACCUCCCUGACGUACUUGGUCCGAUGGUUGGCAGGAUCGUUGACUUGCUCAGGUGGUGUAAAACCCUUCGACAAUUGGUUGUGCGUGAACGCCGCUCUUCUGGGCGCCUUCUGCGAUUGCGCCUACUGCCUCUGGUGGUGCACCUUCAGCUACGUGUGGUACUUGAGCGCAUCCAAAGAGUGGUCGACCGAGGCCAUCGAGAGGAUAGCGGCGCGUCUCCAUUCUAUAGUCUGGACCUUAUCCGUGUGUCCGAUUGUCUACGCGCUUGUCUUCAACGCGAUCGUGAGCAAUCCGUCGACAGGUUUCUGCGAGACGAGCAGCGACGUCGUGCUCUUCGUCGAACUAGGAAUCGUCAUCUGCGGUAUGGCGUUAUCUGUUUCCACCUCUUUGGCUUUGAGGAACGUGAAGAAGACGCUCGUCCAUGCGGGUAGAUCUCCGUACAAGCUGGAGAGACUCAUCUAUCGCCUGGGUCUCAUCAGCUUCGGCAUCUCCGUGCCUCUGCUGACGCAUCUGAUAGCGCACUACUUCGACUUGGAGUACAUCGCGGUCGGCGCGAAAUUCUCCAGCGUCAUCUUCUCGACGUUCUGGGUCUUCUCCUACAAGACCUUCAGGAGUUGGAACAAAGUUCUUCGACCGAACUUCACGCACAAGGGCCUCCGGCAGCAGUCACCCGUCACCAAGGUCUAAAAGAUCGUAAAGUCUCUCUACUUUUUUUUUGUUUUUCUUUACAUGAAAACAAAAGAAAAUAAAACAAACACUUCUCUCUACAAUCAAAUCGUGCCUUGAACCCUUCGGGUUUCACGACUCAUGUACAUACAACAUACUUUUGUGAUAUUAGUUUAGUAAAAAAAAACACCCUAAUCAUUAUUAUUUAACCAGUAUUAAAAAUAUUAUAGAUAUAUUAAAAAAAAAAAGAAAAAGCUUGCAGAGCGAAUGCAAUUCGUGCGACAAUCAGAACGAGCGUAUUUAUUUUGUAA